AGUACUCGCAAAACGAAAAAAAAGUUGUGUUUUCCUCAAAUAUAAAACAAAAAUAUAUAAAAACAUUUAUUAUUUUUUUGUUUGAUUAUUUAAUAAUUAGUUAAAUAAAAACAUAACUUAAAUGAAAGUGUAAAGAAAAAGUUCAUAAAUAAAGAGAAGAAAAACCAACAAAAUUUAUUGGUUUUUUCUCUACGACAAUUGAAGGCUCACAGUCAUCAACAUAAUUUUAUCGCUGCUGCUCAGCUGGUGUUAUUGUUGUUGUUGCUAUUAUAUUUAAUAUUGUACAAUUUUUUUAGAGGUGUUUUAAUUGUUCUUGUUGUUGCAAAAAGAUUCCAAAUAGAAAAGUGACAAUUUUUAGUGCAAUUAGUGACGACAACAAUUUCAAGAAGUAAAUAUCAUUGUUUUUAUGUAAAUAUGAGCAUAGAAUCUACAGCCUUGCCCUCUGAAUUACUGGUGGCACCACAACCGCUAAUUGGUUUAUGUGGCCUGGAUGUAAAUCGUAAUCCAGUACACAAAUCAAUAUGGGAUGCAUUUAGCAAUAAUCGUAAAGCAGACAGAGCUGCUGUACAAUUUAAGCUUCUACCCAAUAACUAUGACUUUCCUGUGGCCAAACCCAAAAGAAAUUCCUAUGAAUGGUAUCAUCCUAAGGGCAUUUUGAAACGCAAUUGGAUGCUUAAACAUUUACACGUUUUACCGGCAGUUGUGGUUUUAUUUCAAGACAUGGAAUGGAAUGAUUCUAAUUGGACCGAAAAACAAAUGCAAUGUGCCGCAACUAUUCAGUCGCUUAAGAAUUCUCUGCAGGAGCGUAAUACUCGCAUUUGUUUAGUUUUAUUGCAAAAAACUACUACACUACCGCCUGGCGAAGAUAUGCUAGCCUCGGAACGAACAGCUAGUCUGACCUCAGCCUGUGGUCUGAAUAUUAAAAUGUUAUUUGUUUUACCUCAUACGGAGCAUUUAAUGGGUUAUGCUCUACGUUUGGAAUCGGCUUUUUUGGAUAUGGCACAAUCAUAUUACACCCUUAUGGCGAAACGUAUACGAACCCAUAGGGAUCAACUAACUGCUGCUCAUACCACUUUAAAGAUAAGACAUCAAUUUAAAUUGGGUUUUGUUGCAGAAAUGCGUCAAGACUUUAGUACUGCUUUAAAACACUAUACACAAUCGUAUACUACAUUAGAUGAGAUACGUAUUAAUGAUAAUAAUUGUUUGGAAAUUAAAACUAUAGCCGGUUUCUUAAACUAUAAAAUAUGUCGUUUAAUGUUUAAGUUGAAAGUACCACGUGAUUCUAUUAAUCAUUUCACUAGCCAUAUUGAUAAGUAUAAGAAUCGUGUGGGUUAUAAGGAUUUAGUGUUUGAACAUUAUGCCUGGUUGAGCAAACAACAUAGCGUUUUUGCUGAGCUUUUCUGUGAGGCCAUAAAGAAUGGAUUGCCUGCCUUGCAGACACAGCAUCCUGGUAUAUAUUUUCAUAAGGCUGCCGAGUAUAUACAAAAACGUAAAGAAGCAUUCAUGCAAUGUAAUGUAACCUCAAGUCCCACAGAGCCUCAAAAUAGUUUUAAUCCACAAAUGAAUAAUAUCUCUUCAUUGUUUACGGAAUAUUUUGGCAUAAUAUCCUCAACAUCGGGAGAACCUAUCAAUGAACAGCAAAUAAGUUUAAUGAUAAGAGAAAAUGAAAAAUUAUUCAAUCAUUCGGCCGCUAUAAUCAAUUUACUUAGCUUGGCUAUGGCUCAAUUUAAAAUCUAUAAAUGCUUAAGAUUUCGUAAAAAGUUGGCCAUUGAUAUGGCUGAUGAAUACUUUAAAAGUGGUGAUCAUGGCAAAGCUUUAACUUUAUAUUCCCUCAUGUUACCUGAUUAUCGUCACGAUAAAUGGCCUUCUUUAUUUUCGGAUGUUUUACUUAAAACUAUGCGCUGUGCUUUGUUAUCUGCUUCAAUAACUGAUUUUAUAUCGUGCAGUCUGGAAGCUUUAUCAUUUAAGAUUAAUUAUACACCCAAUGAACGGGUAAUGGUAUUGGAGAAUCUGUGGAAAGUUUUGCAGUGUCAACCGCCAGUUCCACAAAAUCAAAAUGCUCCAGAAGUACGUUCACAUUGGGAGGAAGCAUUAUCCAGCAUUAAGGCUCCACUGCAAAUAGAUCUCGAUAAAUUAACCGAGUUAAUUGAAUUCUGUACAACUUUUGAAAAGUUUGAAUUGAAAAAUGAUGAUAUUAUUAAAUUAAAUCUAGUAAUGAGACUACAAACCGAUGUUCCCCUAAAAAUACGCAAUCUACAAAUCAUUAUAACCGAUGGCUCAAACAACUAUAAACUACAAGCCUCGCAGUAUAGUAAACUCAACGAUCUCUUAGCGUUGAGAGAACACUUUAAAGAUGACACAAAUGCCUCACAAAUACCUUUACAACAAUUUGAACAGAAUUUCAAAUUGGAACCAACCUUUUACUAUCGUUUUCUAUUCACCACUGAGGCCCAACAAUUUCUGGAAAAUACUCAAUUACGUGUUGUACGCAUAGAGGCAUUAAUAGGCACUGAAAAAUUCUCCGUAUUGUUGUGUAAAAGUUCACCAUUUAUGAAUAAGGCCUUUCGUUAUCAUAGUCGUGUUCGUGAUUUAGAUGACAAUAUCGUAAUUAAUCCAAUUUGUUAUAUUACUCCCACAUUCCAUUUAGUCACGCAAUGUAAUUUAGGCAGUGAAACGAUGCUGGUUAAUGAAUUCUAUCCCGUCACAACGACCAUUAAUAAUCCCUAUAAUGUUUUUCUAACUGGUAUUGCCUUGAAUAUAAGUGUACCUAAUAAUUUGAAAAAUAAAGUAUUCCUUACCACAGAUAUAUCUCCAAAUAAGCAAAAACUUCAUUCUAGUAUACAAAUUGACAUUGGAGAACUGUCCAUGCAAAGUUCCAACACCGCCUCAUAUUACAUAUUCAGUCUAAUUGAGACAACGAUAACGUUGCAACAGAAAAUUUGCUAUACAACGGAUGUUCUAAAACCCAAAGUUACAACAGCAAUAGUUAUAAAUGAUGCAACAACACCCAGCAGUACGGAUGAAUCUCCAGAAGCGACAUUAGCGGCUAAGAAUCUAACAUCCAAUCAAACCAUUUUAACACCUCUGCCCAUAAUAACACCAAUACAUCUGGAAUUUUUAGAUGAAAAUAGUUUGCGUAAGACACAGGACACAGUGCUCAGUGUAAGAUGUGAUGCAGAGUUUAAAUUUAAGGGUCAGUUUUAUACACUCAAUAGAAUGCCUCUAACGAAAAUCUAUCGUGGUGAGAAUUUCCUGUUUCGAGCCGGUCUUGUAAUACAAGCAGAUGUGGAAUUAGAUAUAUUGGAAACCUAUUUUAUAUGUGAUCAUAACCUAGUGCAAUCAACCUAUAGUUUUAAACGUAAAAAAUUCUCCAGCAUUUACCAGCGUGGUGAGAAACUCGAAGAUGUAAUAGUUUUACGCACGAAUAACACUAGUGAAGAGUGGAUAACGGUCAAGGAUUAUGAGCGCACCAAAAACGAGGUACAAACCAACAUUUUUAAUCGCCUGCGAACAUCUAGAAAACAUUUAAUGAAAACAGGUGAUGUCCUGAAUACCUUAACCUCUAAUCAUAUGAAUAAAAGUCUAAUGGGGAAACUACCAACGAAUAUGACAAUAAUAAAUAAUACUGCCUCCCCCAAUGCCCUCAUGCUGUCCAGUCAAAAUUCCAAUAUGAGUUCAUCAACAAUAUCGGAUGAUGGUAAAGCGACUAAUGUUUUAGCAGCCAAUAAUAACAAUACUAAUGCAACGGAUGAAAAUGUGGCGCAGGCGCCUAAACAUCUACACACACGUUUAAUAUACAACAAAUCUUUGGAUGCUAUACAGGCUACGGGUCAUUUAAGAGGUUUCCUUAAGGCUUCCCUAUUAAUGGAUACAACAAAUUCUAAUAUGCAGUCAUCAACGGCUGUGCCUAGUAAUAAUAUAGUUUUCGGUUUCUAUUGCAUAAAAUGGAGACGUUCAGGUGGAAAAGAAGAAAAUGAGAGUAAGUUUAUUAUUAGCGGUUUGCCUAUAGUGGAGCCACCUUUAAAUAUCUAUUGUUCGAUUGAGGAGAAAAUGUUUGUUAAAAUGCCAAUGACUUUUAAGGUGGUUUUAAAGAAUCCCACAGCAAAAGUACUGCAUCUAAUAGCAACGCUGAGUAUAAGUAAUUCGGAUAAUUUUAUAUGUUCGGGUCAUAAACAGCUUGAUGUUUCCAUAUUUGCUUUUGGUGAAAAGGAGCUCGUCUACAAUUUAUAUCCGCUAUAUGUGGGUUGGCAAAAUUUACCUGAACUGACACUCUGCUACAAUACCCAAGCUGAUCCCACUAAAGAUGAAUCCCAAAAUAUUUUACUAGGAGAACUGGUGCAGCGUUCCAUACCCAAAAAAGUAUUUGUUUUGCCACCUUUAAAGCAACAAAUUAAAUGAAAUGUUUUUGUAAUCAACACAACAUCAAAGAAAACAUUUGUGGAGGAAGCUAUAAAAUGAAAAUUAAAUUAGCAGCAAUAUUUAAAUUAAAUUUGUUUUUUAAGUUUUUCUUGUCUUUAAUAACAAUAAACUGUGUUAAUUUAACAAGAUAUUUUUCAUCUAAAUUAAUUUUAAUUUAUAGCUCUUAAAGAUGGUGAUGGUUAAAGAGCUUAUAAUAUAAUUGUUUAGAAUUGUGAGUUUUCUUGAGUUUGUUUAAAAAAUUUUGAUUAUUUUUAAUAUAUAGCUAAAAAAAACUAUUUAUUAAUAUAUAAAAAAUAAGCUGGAAUUUUAUUUAAAUUGAAGUUGUUACUAAAGCAAAUAUCUUUUAGAUCUUUAAACUACAAGUUUUAUUUAAGUAUAUUUUUCUUGUUUUUCCACUUUCUUCUCCCUGGUGAUUUAUUAAUUAAAUAUUUAAUUAAGUAGUUUAUUAAUUAACAAACAUUGUAUGUAUUUUAACUAAACUGUUUUACUAUAUAGAUAAUAACAGUGUAGAGUAAUUAAAUUCAAAUUUUUAUUUUUAACUCUCAACUUUACUUUAAAACACACUGCAGUAAUAAUAACACAAGAAAUUGUAUUUUUUAAUAAAAAAAAAUUAAAUAAAAGAAACUGUUAAGAAAUGAAAAAAAA